CAUGUUAAUUUACCUACUCCAGGCCCAGGAUGUCACCACUUCAACCACCGCCACUUGCUCUCAAAAUCCAAUCUUUCGAUGAGCAAAAUCUCUCCCCACCGUCAUCUUCCACCGCGCAAUCGAGCCUGUGCUACUCUGCUUGUCGGUGCUGCGAUUUAUUCUCCUUCCUCCGCCUUCGAAGAUGUCAGGUUUUGAGCUGUCCCGGCACACGCCCAUCUUGGGCCUCCCCCUUUGGGCACUCAUCGGCGUCUGCAUCGCCGUCGCUGCCGCCCUCCUCCUCUCCCUCUGCUUUGUCCUCCUACGGAAGGGUGAAUCUUCUCGGACAGCUGCCGUCCCCAUUGCCGCGCCCAAAGAAAUCCAAGAGGUCCGCGUCGAUUCCGAUCACGCCUCCGAACCUGAUCCCUCGCCUCCGACGCCAAUCGAUCCGCAGAAACCCCACUUUUCGCCCACGAAGGAGCGAAACGGAGCGGGCUCGCCGGACGCUGCGCCGGGAGUGUCCCGCUUGGGCUGGGGCCAGUGGUUCACUCUCCAGGAGAUCAUGGCGGCGACGGGGCAAUUCUCCUACGAGAAUGUGAUCGGAGAAGGCGGCUACGGGAUCGUCUAUCGUGGUGUCAUGCAGGAUGGUACUCAGAUUGCAGCGAAGAAUUUGGUGAACAACAAGGGUCAAGCUGAGACGGAAUUCAUGGUCGAGGUUGAAGCAAUUGGUCGAGUUCGUCACAAGAACUUGGUUAGAUUGCUAGGAUAUUGUGCAGAAGGUGUUCAUAGGAUCCUUGUUUACGAGUAUAUCGAAAAUGGGAACCUUGAAAAGUGGCUUCAUGGUGAUGUUGGAUCAAGGAGCCCUCUUACAUGGGAAAUCAGAAUGGACAUCAUGCUUGGAGUGGCAAAAGGGAUACUGUAUUUACAUGAAGGACUUGAACCCAAAGUAGUUCAUCGAGAUAUUAAAUCAAGCAACAUUCUGCUCGAUAAGCAAUGGAUUCCCAAACUUUCUGAUUUUGGACUCGCAAAGUUAUUGGGCACAGGAAGGACCCAUGUCACAACCCGUGUGAUGGGAACUUUUGGGUUAGUUAACUUCUAUUUCUCUAGGCUAUUGAUCUCAUUUGCCAAACAAAAUCUGAUUAAGAACUGCAAUUUGUGCCCUCUUGAUAGCUAUGUGGCACCUGAAUAUGCUAGUACUGGUAUGUUAAACGAGAAGAAUGAUGUUUAUAGCUUUGGGAUUCUUCUUAUGGAGAUUAUAUGUGGUCGUAGGCCAAUCGAUUACAACAGGCCUCCAAGCGAAGUUAAUAUCAUAGAGUGGAUUAAGAUCAUGGUGAGUAGUCGAAAAACUGAUGAAGUUGUGGAUCCAAAGAUGCCUGAGAAACCUUCACCAAGGGCAUUGAAGAAAACACUUUUAGUUGCAUUGAGAUGUGUGGAUUCUGAUUCUCAGCAGAGACCAACAAUAGGGCAUGUCCUACACAUGCUUCAAGUUGAAGAUUUUGCAUACCUUGAUGAGCGACGACCGGGCCGACCGGGGCGAACUAACCCUAAUAGUGCUGAACAAAAAGAAAGAUUUCCAGGAAAGCCUUUUACUGAGCCUAGUAAAUGAAGCAGGAAUCAGAGCAGCUAGCACAACUAUGCAUUUUACAUGAUCAAGUAAGAGCCACUAUCUUUUGGGAAAGAUGCAAUGAAAUAAACUGUCAAAACCAGCCUGUGCUUUGUGCUUUUGAGGCCAUUAAAGGAGAUUUUGUAGAUAUCUAAUAUUCUUAUCUGUACAUGGUUUGAGAUUUGUAUUGAUGUACAUAAUGUGAUGUUUGAUUGUCUACACUCGACCUAUUGAAUUAUGUAGAGAUAAAGUUUGAGCCUUCCUAUUUAAUAUAGAAUCAUCAUUUCAAUUA